AUGCCUGAGCCAGCCAAGUCCGCUCCCGCGCCCAAGAAGGGCUCCAAGAAGGCCGUGACCAAGACACAGAAGAAAGGCGACAAGAAGCGUAAGAAGAGCCGCAAGGAGAGCUACUCCAUCUACGUGUACAAGGUGCUGAAGCAGGUGCACCCCGACACUGGCAUCUCGUCCAAGGCCAUGGGCAUCAUGAACUCCUUUGUCAACGACAUCUUCGAGCGUAUCGCUGGGGAGGCCUCGCGCCUGGCGCACUACAACAAGCGCUCCACCAUCACUUCUCGGGAGAUCCAGACGGCUGUGCGGCUCCUGCUGCCGGGUGAGCUGGCCAAGCACGCGGUCUCCGAGGGCACCAAGGCUGUCACCAAGUACACCAGCUCCAAGUAGGGUGUCCUUGUGUUCUUUGCCUGGACUAGUCAACCCAAAGGCUCUUUUAAGAGCC